AUGAGACGUGUCCAGCACCUGACGAUGCCGCUGUCCUUCUCCAUGCUGUUUUACAUUUGGCGACUUGAUUCCAUCAAGGUGGUGUGGAAGGAACUCCGAAAAGCGAAGCCACGGAAAGGUGCCGUGGGCGAGGCCGUGAUGCUUGCGGCACACUGGGCCAUGGUCUUUGCAUUUGUGCCGUUGAAGAUCAUCCCGAUCUACAUCCUACUUUCGGGCUUCAUCACGGCAUUGAUCACCACGGCAACGCAUCAGUCGGAAGAAAUGUUCGAAGACUUUAAUCCCGACUUCGUGGACAAUCAAUUCCGGACAACUCGGGAUGCUGUGGUCGAGAAUCCUUUCGAGAAAUGGGUAUGGGGAGGCAUGCAGUACCAGCUCGAGCACCACCUCUUCCCGUCCAUGCCGCGCUCACGCUAUCCGGCCCUCCAGCCGAUCUUGAAGAAGUUCGCAGAAGCGACACCUGACCUCCUCAUAA